AUGGCGUCCCCCAAAGACGAGCUGAGGUCUGAGGACUCUUAUGAGUCUGAUCAAUCUGAAACAAGCCAACACGAUACUCAAGACCGUGCGCCAAAGCGCCGACGCCUCUCCGAAUCCUCAGACGAUGGAUAUGUUGCCCCAGCACCGCUCCCCACCCUCUCUCGCAUCAAGAAGAAAGAUGAUACCAAGAAACCCGAAGUGACCGACGAGGAAGAACCCGUUUUGAUCAAAGAUGCUCUGGAAAUUGGACUUCGGGCCGAGUCAUCCACAUUCGGUGCCUUGAACUUAGCUCCAUGGCUUGUUGGCUCCUUGUCGACUAUGGCUAUUCGUCGCCCCACGGCUAUUCAGAAGGCGUGUAUCCCAGAGAUCCUGAAGGGAAGAGACUGCAUUGGUGGUAGCCGAACUGGUUCAGGAAAAACAAUGGCAUUUGCGGUUCCUAUCUUACAGAAAUGGGCCCAGGACCCAUUCGGUAUAUUUGCGAUCGUGUUGACGCCGACAAGAGAACUUGCGCUGCAAAUCUUUGAACAAUUCAAAGCCAUCUCGGCACCCCAGAGCAUGAAGCCCAUCCUUGUCACCGGCGGCACAGACAUGCGACAGCAGGCAAUCGACCUCGCACAACGGCCUCACGUCGUUAUUGCGACACCCGGCCGACUGGCAGAUCACAUCAGGACGUCCGGCAAAGAUACCGUGGCUGGACUGGGUCGGGUGAAAAUGGUCGUUCUCGAUGAGGCAGACCGGCUACUCGCCAGCGGACAGGGUAGCAUGUUGCCAGAUGUCGAGACCUGUCUUUCGGCGCUCCCUCCUUCAGCCGAACGACAAACUCUGCUAUUCACGGCUACCCUGACUGCCGAAGUGCGCGCAUUACAGUCACUGCCGCGCACCCCUAAUAAGCCUCCCAUCUUCGUGACCGAAGUCUCUACCGAAAACCAAGGCAACAUUCCUCCCACCCUCAAGCAAACAUACAUCAAGGUCCCCAUGACCCAUCGUGAAGUCUUCUUGCAUGUUCUGCUCUCUACAGAGGAGAAUGUCUCGAAACCUGCCAUCAUCUUCUGCAAUCACACUAAGACCGCCGAUCUGAUCGAGCGCACUUUGCGCCGACUUGGUCACCGCGCCACCUCUCUUCAUAGUAUUCUCCCCCAGUCUGAGCGCACCUCCAAUCUUGGUCGAUUCCGCGCUGGCGCUGCGCGAAUCCUGGUCGCUACGGAUGUCGCUUCUCGUGGUUUGGAUAUUCCAUCCGUCAGCCUCGUCAUCAACUUUGAUGUACCUCGCAAUCCCGAUGACUACGUCCACCGUGUCGGUCGUACUGCCCGUGCGGGUCGGACCGGUGAGGCUGUUACGCUCGUGGGACAGCGUGAUGUGGAACUCGUUUUGGCAAUCGAGGCGCGCGUAGGCCGCCAGAUGGAAGAGUUCGCCGAGGAGGGUGUCAGUAUCGAGGGCCGUGUGACGAGGACCGGCGCAUUGAAGGAGGUUGGAGCUGCCAAGCGCGAGGCUCUGGGUGAGAUCGACGAAGGCCGUGAUGUACUGGGACGGAAGCGCAAUAAGCUCAAGAAGGUCCGGUGA